CAGCGACCUUCCCUAGAGGGUCACCAACCUGUGAAUUCCAGCUCGAAAUCCAAAACAAAAGAAGUUCGGAGAUAGCUCUGCAGCUUCUGGGAGAUUAGAAGAGUAACCGAUACAGCAAAAUUGUCGUAUUGCGUCGUUACGCGCAUAGAUAUUCACAUCUAAUCUGGUGCAAGGGCUUUUCCAUAUCCUAACCUUGAUCAUAUUCAAGAGGAUUGAUUUAGGUGCUAGGUGGAGUUUUGUUUGACAGCUUUUCUGUCGAGUUCCCAUUCAAGACUUUAUGAUAACACAAGUCAACUCAAUCGUGUACAAGAGAGUCUCACGGGUCGCUUAUAGUUGGAUAUCGGACCCGUCGCAGCUAAAAUUCCUCAAGUAUCUGAUACAGAGACAUAGUCAAAGCCAUGUGAUUAUGCUUAUUUAGGCUGCAAAACAAAACAGCCGCCAGGAGCUCAUCAAAUGGCAAUAAAGCAGCGAAGAAAGAUUGACUUUGGGCCGCCGAGCUCUUAAGGAAUGAUGAUUCGAUGGAGAUAUUGGAGGCUGUUUCUCUUGGCGUAUCUCUUCAGUUUUGGAGUCUUCACUGGCAACGGCCAGAGAGACUGCCGUAAGCCACUUGGGAUGCAGAGCGGGGACAUCACCGACGCCCAACUCUCAGCGGCAUCGUCGUACAACAACAACAGAACGGCGUACGGCCCUGGACGAGCUAGACUCAACCACCCUGGCGGCUACCGGGCAAACAAAGCCAUCCCUCAGACCUAUCUAGGCGUACGCUUUCUCAAGCCCUAUAUCAUCACGGGCAUAGCGACACAGGGGUAUGGCAUCGUGGCCGUCAAGGAGUGGGUUAAGCUGUUCUGGCUGGGUUACUCUGAAGGAUCCAAUACGUCAUUCUUUAAGAGCAACAAGGAUAGUACUACUGCCAAGAUGUUUUCAGCCAACAAUGACAGUAACACAGUCGUGUACAACGACAUCCCCAUCCCCGCCAAGGUCACGAGUGUGCAUCUGAUGCCCAUCCAAUACGAGACGAACUUCGCCAUUAGGAUAGAGCUAUAUGGCUGUGUGGCAGAUGGAUAUGAAUGUCUUAGCACCCCGUGUCUGAACGGUGGAACAUGUGUUGACCUCGUGGCAAGCUAUCGCUGCGAUUGCAUAAAAGGGUUCAAUGGGACAAACUGCCAAUACAAUAUCGACGACUGUGCGAGUUCGCCAUGUCUGAACGGAGGCACGUGUAUAGACGGAGUGAGCGAGUUUCACUGCAAUUGUACAGCGGGAUAUGAAGGAACUGACUGCGGGAGAAAUAUCAACGAGUGCCAAAGCAACCCCUGUAUGCACGGAGGCCGCUGCAUAGACGGCGUUGAUAGCUUUACGUGUACCUGCGCAAGAGGCUUUGGCGGACCCACGUGUGAGGAAGAGCUAGGAUUCUUCGUUGCGAUCUGGCUAAGACUUGAAUCUAAAACGUUCAGCACAAGUUACUUGAACGAGAGUUCGUCAGUUUACCAACAGGAGGCACAGCUUGUCAACAAUGAAGUCACUCUGAUGGUCAGGCAGCACUAUGGCUUUAAUUUCACAGACAUAAGGAAAUUCAGCCCUGUGGAUGUCAAUGGCGUUGUUGUUGAAGUUUUGAUCAGCUGCUUAAAGAACAGCACAGAUUCAAUCGCCCGUGCCAUUAGAAAAGGUGUUAUCAACGGUCACAACAUAUUUGCGUAUGACUUUUUCAAAUAUGAAAAUAGAGCCGCAGAAUCCUGCAACCCCCCAAAUAUCACAAUUGCUUUACCAAAAGACAUACUAACACCCUUUCAAAGGGGAGCGGCCCAAGACUUGGAACUUCACAUCGGUUUCGCAUUAAACUGUCAUUUUUCUUCAUCGCUGAGCUACAACAUAAGCAUGUACUCAAUAGAGUCUUCCGGAAACUUCAUCAAAACACUUUUUACUGAGGGACGCAAAUAUUCUGACUUCUUUUAUCGGAUUCCAGCUAAUACCUUACCCUACGGAUUGUAUUAUGUUAAAAUAGCAGCAGAAGUAAAUAAGAUAGAGGGAACAAGCGUGAACGAUUACGGGUUCUUAGAAAUUACUAAGACACCACUAGUCGCUAAUAUUUCGGGCUCUGAGCAAGCAUUCAAGGGAAGAGGAGAAUUACUAAGACUUUCAGGCUCAUUUUCCUAUGACCCGGAUGUCGGCCAAGGAAACCACUCUGAGAUGCAGUUCGAGUGGCUAUGCAGACGAGAGAACGAGACAUUUCCCAGUAAUGUGACGUCACUUCCGGUCGUCAGGCCUUCAUCCUCGUCCCAGGACUUCGGCGGCUGUUAUGGAACUGGAGUUGGAAGAUUGGAAUCUAGCGCUAAAGGAAAUGACGUCCUUGAGCUUGAUGUUGAUAGGAUGAUUGGAAAUGUCGAUUACGUCAUCGCACUGGUUGUUAAGAAGGGGUCGAGAUCAACGUGGGCGUACCAGGUUGUCAAGGUGAUGAAGGAGAUUGACAUAUCACUUAACUGUUUGCAGAAUUGUGAGUACCACGUCAUCCCUGCGCACAGGUUUAUCGUGGAGAUGCGGUGUGCUGGUUUACUCUGUAAUGAUAUCUUCAGCUACGAGUGGAACCUUUACCUUAUCAACUCUACAACACAAAAAUGGCAGCGACUGACUGAUCUAGAGCGCAAAAUCUUCACUUAUAUGAACUCUCCCAACCUCGUCACACGCGAAAACACUCUACACGGAAAUACUUCGUACGUACUCGAACUCACAGCACGAGCACCGAAUGGCGUAAUCGAAAGGACGAGUUAUCGAUUUAUAACGAACAGUCCUCCCAGUGGUGGCACUUGUGCGGUGGACAAAAGUCAGGGUCUAGCUUGGGAGACCGAGUUCCAGUUUGUAUGUGGCGGCUGGCAAGAUGAGGAUCAGCCGCUGACCUACAGGUUUUUAUACAACACGAGUGAUGGCGUUGAGAUGGUGUUUAGUUCCGGUGUGACAAAAGCACCAAAAGCUCGACUUCCGGUAGGAGACAAAAGACGCGAUUUCAACCUCGACAUUCUGGUACAGGUCGCAGACUCAAUCGGUUCAGCGGUCAUCGUGGGUAUGAGUGUUAAGGUGAUUGAGCCGGAGUUGUCUCUGCAAACGCUGGACGCUGCAGUUGGCGCUAACGGGGAGAUGAACCGCUAUCUUCGGAUGAAUAACAUCGAGUUAGCAGCACAGCGUGCUACCUCUGUGCUAUCCGUGGUCAACCAUAUGUCUGCCAAGAAGAUGAACGUACAAGAGAAGAUCAAGAUCAAGGAUUCAAUCACUGACGCAUGGUCUACUAUCAUGGUGAACGUGACGAGGCUCGAGGAGUUGAGUCAGGUGGCGGCGGUGGUGGCGGGGGUGACCGACAAGAGGGACGAGCUCUCCGUCGAAUCACAGGAGAAGACGGUAGCUUUAUUGGCCUCUAUGGCAUCGUAUUUUGAGGCUGAGGUCGCGAAUAAGAGUAGAACUGACCAAAAGGAGUCUAUAGUUCAAAGUUUGGGAUCAGGGUUACUUCACGACAUGGGUAACAUGGUCUGGAUAUUGUCUGCUUAUGCCACACCCCCCACACAACAGGAGUCAAGACAAAAAAGAGACAUCACUUCACAGAAGAAGAGUAAAGAUAUGGUCGUGAAAACCCUUGCGCUUGUGGAUCAAGUCGGCGGCAAUUUACUGAAAACAAAAGAACUAUACGAGAAGCCAAGUGUCAUAACAACGCGCAUGCUCGAUAUGGUGAUUGACAGGCAGAAUCCUUCCCUCAUUGGUGGAAAAUCAUUAGUUAAUGGAGGAACUAGGGUACAGUUACCAUCCACGAAAGAUCUUAUAAACGGGUUGACGACGAGGAACAAUGAAUUCCUUAGCACUCAGAUGGUGUCUUUCAAGACAAACCCAUACACUUGGAGUAGGCAGGCAGUGAACGUCAAAUCUUCGGUCCUGGAUUUCAAAGUGCGCAAUGCAAGUGGUUUCGAAAUGGAUAUCAGCAACCUGAAAAACGACAUCGAUCUGUUUAUCCCGCAAUUAAAAUUCCUGCCUCAGCUAAAGCCAGGAGCGUUUUUCGCAAAGCCGAGUAUCAACGGAAGCAUGCAGUACCACGUGAUAACUAUCCCAGGAAAAGAGUACGCAGUAACAAUCAAAAUAAAACCCUUAAGUACUGCAAACCUCACACUCUACGUCCGAUAUCACCAAAGACCCACUGUCAGCGACCACAACUUCACAGCCACAAUACCCAAUUACACCCAGUGUAAUUAUACCAACGGAGGAUGGGUGAACUGCUCGUCUGAUCCCUUCGCGGUGACGAUAUCGUUUGUCGACACAGGCCAUGUGGGACUGCACUACAUUGGCAUCGUGUAUCACGAACCCAUGACGUCACGACGCACCAGGAUCAGGAAGGAUUGCUCUUCGGGAUCAGGAAGGGGUAGGCGGGCACUUUGUGUAGGUGUCAAGGACCCCCCUACUACUUUACCUCCGGUCUACAAGAUCAUGCCGAGGUUUGAUCCUACGAGGGACGUGAACUACACUAUGGAGGUGUCUAUGGGGGCGUGUUUGUACUGGGAAGAGGGAAGGCAGACAUGGUCGUCACGAGGGUGCAGAGUCGGACCCAAGUCAAGACCCGGAUCCCUGCACUGCAAGUGUGACCACUUGACAUCGUUUGGCGGCGAUUUCUUUGUUUCUCUCAACCCCAUUGACUUUGAUAUCGUGUUCAAAAGAUUCCAAGACUUCGAUGCCAAGAACUUCGUCGUGUUCUUUGUUGUGUUCAGUAUUCUUGGAUUAUACCUAAUCGCUCUGGUCUUUGCGAUGCGCGCGGACAGGAAAGAUACAGCAAAGGCCGUCGAGAACCUCCACCUUGACAUUUCAUCAGGAAACUGGUACGAGAUCACCAUUUACACCGGUGUGUGGCGUAAUAACGGCACUACGGCAAAUGUCGCUGCCACCAUAAGCGGCCAAAAUGGCGCCAGCGAGGUCAUCCCACUCAGCGAUAGGUACAGCAAGAGAAGGCUGUUCGCACGCGCCAGCAUCAACACAUUUACAGUCUCACUUUCCAAUGACAUUGGUCCUGUUACCAGUCUCAAGCUAUGGCACGACAAUUACGGCUCUAACCCCUCGUGGUUCAUACACCAAGUUGUCAUUACGAACUUGGAGACAGACUCUAAGACCUACUUCGUGUGUAACCGUUGGCUGGCUGUCGAUAAGGGUGAUGGGCAGCUCGAGGGGGAGUUCAAGGUUGCUUCUAAGAAAGAGUUGUCAAGUUUCAAGUACCAGUUUUACUCACGCUUGUCCAGGAACCUCGGAGACGGACACUUGUGGUUGUCAGUAGUCACCAGGCCUCCGCAUAGCCCGUUCACACGCGCACAGAGGCUGUCAUGCUGUCUGUCUGUUCUGUACUGUGCAAUGGUGGCCAGUGCCAUGUUUUAUCAAUUCGGAGACAAAACAAAUUCUACGAAAACCCUCAAAGUCGGCAGUCUCAGACUUAGUCUUAGACAGUUGGUUAUUGGCUUACAAAGUGCGAUAGUUGUUGUGCCCGUCAAUGUACUUAUUGUUGCAAUAUUCAGAAACGUUAAGGCGAGACGCAGAUUUGAGGAUACUUAUACACCAAAUGGGCCACCACCCAAGAAGUUCAAGACUCCUGGUUGUCUCCCGUAUUGCUUCGUUUACUUGGGUUGGCUUCUUUGUCUGUCAUCAGCAGGAGUGGCUGCAUCGUUUACGAUAUUCUACAGUCUCUCCUGGGGCGGGGAGCUGGCCAAUCAAUGGCUGACCUCAGUGAUAAUAUCCUUUAUUCAAGAUAUUGGGGUGACUCAGCCCCUCAAAGUGGCUACCUUCGCUGUACUCCUUGCCAUCAUCAUGAGAAAACCCGUCGAAGAGAACACCUCGAAGGGCGGCAUCAAGGCGCGACUGGAGGUGCAGAAAGGAGCAUCAAUAACCCCGCCCAAGGGUGAGGAGUUAGAGGAGGCGCGCAUGUACCGUCAGAAUGUUCUGGAGACGUUAAAAGCUGUGACGGAGAUCGUGUUUUACUUGCUCUUUGUCAUCUGUUUGUUUGUGUUCGCGUACGCCAAUCGAGGAUACGACAGGUACCGUCUUACCAAGUCCAUCGAUGACAUCUUCACGUCGUCAUUUGAGGAGGUCGACAGGAUAGAGGGCUUCUGGGAAUGGUCACGUGGGACGCUAGUCCCAGGCCUCUACGACACGAGCUGGUAUUCAGCUGGCGGAGCGGUCCUGGAUGAAGGUUAUAUCAGUAAUAAGGAGUCGUUUCUGGUCGGAAUGCCGAGGUUCAGGCAACUUAGGAUGAAAACAGUUUCAAAGUGUAAAAUCGAAAAAGAACGCUACAAGUUUGUGAGCAGCUUCGCCCGCUGCCUUGCGCCCUACGAGCCUGAACACGAGUACAGAACCUCCUACAACUUACCCAAAUGGAUUCCAGUAACAAAUACUAGCCACUACGGUAGUGUGUUCAAUCUGAGACGUCUCUGUCCGAUGCCAUGGCGGUACCAGCCCUCUAGCGAACUCAAGACGCUGGCAUUCCAUGGAAAGCUGAAGAGCUACGCCGGCGGUGGCUUUGUGGCUGACUUGGGUUACAAUAAGCGCACGGCAUUACUAGUAAUUGAUGAUCUUCAGGCUAAUAACUGGGUAGAUCUGCAAACAGUUGCUUUGUUCGUGGAAUUCACCGUUUUCGAGCCGUCAACAGCGCUGUUCAGCCACGCAAAGUAUUUAUACGAAAUGAGUCCUGCGACUGGAAAACCAACUCUGUAUCAUAACAUACAGACAUUGUCGCUCUAUGCCAGCCCAGACCUUAACUUUCGAAAGUUCUUCAAUGCGAUCCAGAUAAUAAUCCUGCUCCUUAUAUUCUGUUACUUGAUCAUAGAAGUUGGUAAAGUGCUAUCCUUAAAGUGUAAGUACUUUGUGUCGUUCUGGAACUGGUUAAAUAUGUUGCAGCUGCUCACAGCUAUUGCAACGGUAGUCUUGUUCUUCUUCAAGGAGGAUUACGUGUCUCAAUUCGUGAAGAACGUGCAAAGGAACCCGUACGAAACCACCAGUAUCGACUACGUCAUACUCUUCUCAGAGUUGGAGCUUUAUGUGUUAUCUACAGUGGUAUUCAUCGUCACUAUUAAAUUCCUGCGACUGCUACGCUUCAAUCGUCAUAUCUGUCAAAUGACGGCCUCAAUGAAGCAUUCAUCAGGGAGCAUCACGACUUAUGCAAUCGUCUUUCUUAUUGACAUGAUCGCAUUCGCGUUUGUUGCUAUCCUCGUCUUGGGAAUAACCAUUGAGAAUUACUCUGACUUCGUAGAAGCGUUGAGUUCUCUCUUCCAAAUGUUCCUGGGCGCAGAAAUUGAUUUCCAGGAAAUCCAGUCAGCCAAUCGUAUCAUCGGACCAGUCUUCUUCUUCACUUACAUGAUCACAAUGAUAUUCAUCCUCAUCAACAUGUUCGUUGCGAUUCUUAACGACUCUUACGACAGUGUCCGCCAUUUGUCUGGCGGAAAAUUUCCGGACACCGAGCUCGGGCACUUCAUACGCAAGUACUACAAUGAGAAAUUCCGAGGGACUUAUGAGAUAUUUAAGCGUCAGUUUGGAAUUCUCGGAUAUCGACAUCAAAAGUAUUGGCCAAAAGAAAAGGAUCGAACCUCAAAAGACAUCCUUGGCAUGAGCUAUGCGUCUCUUUUACCUGACUCGUUCUCUUUCACAAACAUUGGUUACAAGACAGAUUUGGAUGAACAUCCGGCAAAAUGCGAUAUCCCGGAUGAAGAACAGGAAAUCGAAGAGACUAUGUCCGAGCAUGGGACUGAGACUAGCGCGUCUGCCGCAACAGAAAGCUCGUCGCCAGAGCUUCUAGAUCUCCUGUCAGAUCUUCCAGAGUCGAUAGUGGACGAUGACGAUACUGUCGAUAACGUUCGAGAUAAGUUGUCGAAUGUCGGAGCAGUGCUGCGGUUGUCUAAGCGAUCAUACCGUCGGUUCUCGACAAGUGGCGACAAAUUUGUUGUCGAGAGAGAAGUCAAGUUGGGCCCAUCUGUACAGUUAACAUUCACACCGAUACUAAGUGAGAGAAAAAUCCAUCUUCCGAAAUCAGACGCAGUAUAACACACUACUUGGUAGUAUUUCUCUUUUUUCUAGGUAUUUUUCAUCGAAUUUCUUAACAAAAAAAAUAUUCUCUCAAUACAUUAUGUGUAUAUAAAUUCCUACUGUGAACAAUAAAAUCAAGAAUUUGCAACAUUGUA